AUGGUAGGAAGUAUCGAAAGAGAAGAGGAAAAUGAUAUAACGCGAAGAAGAAAAAGCAGAGAUAGAAAUUCAAAGAAGAAGAAAAAUAAAAAAAUGAUGUUGAUGAAGAAGAAGAGUAAGAAUAAGAGAAAGAAGAAGAAGAAGAGGACGAAGAAGGAGGUAGAAGGAAAGAAAAAAGAUAAAAGAGGAAAAGGUAAGAGGAGGGGAAAAAUGAUAAUUGAAGAAGAGAAAACACAGAGGAACAAAAUCAGAGAAGAACAGAAGAUAACUGAUGAUGAAGAAGAAGUAAAAGAAAAUGAAGAUAAAAGGAGGAAAGGAAAGAGGAGAGAACGAUGGAGAGCAAGUUUUCAAAAAGCAAAUAUGCUUAGGGCGUGGCCCUGA